GUGAUCUGGAUUUUGUGUGUAGCGUGAAACAGUCUCGCACUUUCUGUCCUGUUUUGAACUAUUAUGCAUUAAACUGAUAUUGCGUCGACGCUGAAAUCUUCAGAUUUGAUUAUUACAUCAGUAGGUGCAACGCAAGCGCUGGAGAUGAAGGAUAAGAUGACCGUCCCUUUGUUCACGGUGUUGGCAUUAUGUGUGGAUGUGUGUGCCGUCAUGUUGAUCGGUGCUAUCCAGCUGUCCCCCUCCUUCAUCAAUAACACCUUCAUCACAGUUUGGGCUGGAGGUCUGACAAGAACCUUCCUCCUCCUCUUACUCAUCUUCACAUCUUCUGGCAGCCCAACGUGGAUGAAAGGUUUCGAUGGGGUGCUGACCGCCGCAGGUCACGGUCUUUUGUACCCGGUGUACAUUACGUUACUCUGGGCAUGUGGCAGGCCUACUGUGGAGCUGGUGUGGGGUUGGCACACCUUACAAGGGAUCCUGCAGGGAUACGGCGUGUUGGCUUUGUCUCUGCUGCUGUGGAAACGCUACGUGCCCAAUCUCCUCCCGACAACCAAAAAGCAGAAGACAGAGAAGAAGGGAAAGGCCUCGCUGAAAAGACUUCUGGGAUACAUGAAGCCCUUCACGGACCGCUUUGCACUCGUCUUCUUUUUUGUGGUUGUUUCUUCAUUAGGUGAAAUGGCGAUUCCUCAUUACACCGGUAAAAUGACAGACUGGAUCAUGAAUGAUGAUGAACCUGAGGCUUUUAACCAAGCUAUUACUGUAAUGACCCUCAUGACCGUUAUGAGUGCUGUGUGUGAAUUUGUAUGUGAUCUCAUCUACAACAUCACCAUGAGCCGAAUCCACACGUCCAUUCAAGGACUCGUCUUCCAGUCAGUCCUGAAACAGGAGAUUGGAUUUUUCGAUAAAUCCACGACAGGGGACAUCGUGUCUCGUAUCACCACCGACACGAACACCAUGAGCGAAGCGCUAAGCGAGAAGCUGAGCCUGCUGAUGUGGUAUUGCAUGCGUGUCGUCUUUCUGUUCGGCUCAAUGCUGCUGCUCUCCCCCAAACUGUCCAUCUUCACUGCCCUCGGUCUACCCAUCAUCUGGAUCAUUCCAGAGUUUUCUGGCAAGUUCUACCAGAAACUUUCUAAACAAGUUCAGGAAUCUCUAGCCAAGGCCAAUGAUGUUGCCAUGGAAACGUUCUCAUCCAUGAAGACAGUGAGGAGCUUUGCCAAUGAGGAUGGAGAAACCGAGAGAUACAGGAAAUGUUUGGAGGAGACCUAUGCGCUAAACAAAGUGGAAGCCGCCGCUUACGCUGCCUCUACCUGGACCAAUAGCAUGUCCAGUCUGGCUUUGAAAGUCAGUAUACUUUACUACGGAGGACGACUUGUGACAGGAAAUGGUGUCAGCAGUGGUGACUUGGUGUCCUUUGUGUUAUAUGAGCUGCAGUUCACUUCAGCUGUGGAGGUGCUGAUGAUGUACUGGCCUCAAAUCCAGAAGGCGGUUGGUGGUUCAGAAAAGAUAUUUGAGUAUGUGGAACGAAAGCCUGAUAUCCCUGCUGAUGGAUCUUUAGCUCCUGAAAAACUUGAUGGACGCGUGCAAUUCAAAAACAUCACCUUUGCUUAUCCAAAGCGCCCAGACACUGACGUACUAAAGGACGUUUCUCUCGAGCUGAAGGAAGGUAAGAUUACUGCUCUUGUGGGACCGUCAGGUUCUGGUAAAACCACGAUUGUGAGUUUGCUGGAGAGAUUUUACCAGCCUAAAAAUGGGGAGAUUUUAUUGGAUCAGAAGGGUCUGCAGUCCUACAAGGACCAGUAUUUGCACGAGAAGAUUAGCGUAGUUUCACAGGAGCCGGUACUGUUUGCUCGAUCAGUGCGUGAAAACAUCAAAUAUGGCAAAGAAAACGCCUCUGAUGAAGAAAUGUACGAAGCCGCAAAGAAAGCCAACGCACAUGAGUUCAUUUCUAACUUGCCUAAAGGAUAUGACACUGAUGCAGGAGAGAAGGGUGGUCAGGUCUCUGGUGGUCAGAAACAGCGCAUCGCCAUUGCCAGAGCUCUGAUUCGACAGCCACAGAUUCUGGUACUCGAUGAUGCUACAAGCUCAUUGGACACAGAGAGUGAAUACAAUGUGUAUAACACUCUGAAAAAUGACCCGAAGAAAUGCACGGUUCUGCUCAUCACUCACAGACUGAGCGGGGUGGAGAACGCAGAUCACAUCAUCUUCCUCAAAGACGGGGAAGUGGCCGAACAGGGAAACCAUGAACAACUACUGGCCAAAAAUGGAUACUAUGCAGAGUUUGUGAAACAACAGAAUACGGCAAUUCAUCGCAAUACAGAAGAUGCCGCAGACGCCAACCACUGAUGAAGAUCUGCUCCUCAGCACGCUUCCAUGUGAUAUCAGCACAAUACAAUUUAUAGAUGCUUGCAUGAUUUCUCCAUUAAUACGUAUUUUUCAUCUGCUCAUUUAUGUAAAUGCUAGUGUUUUUAAAUUAGGUGUAAAUAUCAGAAAUCACAUGGGCGGGGCUUUAUUUAUGUUUCGUUCUUAUGGGUACGUUCUGACUUUUUGGUCUGUUGUAAAUAAAUAGAAAAUUCUUUAUAAUUUUUAUUCAUAAGUCAUUAGAAAACAUAUAUUAUUUGAUAUAAUGAAAAAUGUAUUUGUAUUAAAUCAAAGUAUCUAUGCAUUUGAAUGUAUAUUAAGUAAUAUAUUUAAUACAAAUUAUAAUUUGAUCAUGUUUGUUAAUGACUUAAUAAAAGCACGGUAAAGUACCGUUUUUAACAUAUUCUGU